AUGACCUCACAUUCAGGCCGCCAUGACUACUGGGACAAAUAUCUUCCUGUGAAGAGGAGAGGAGGUCACGAGAUCAACCCAUUCACUUUUUCCGAUCGCUCUAGCGCCAAAGAUCAUCUUGCUGUGUGUCUGUCUGCCAGUGUACGAAUGUCAACCCCAGCAGAGCCUUAUGCAACACCAGGCGUCAAGGUCAUUACUGUGCCUCCAACAUUAUCGAUUUCUUUGCUUCUCUGUCUCCGUUCCGUUCCGUUCGGUUCGGUUCGGUUCGGCUCGGUUCCGUUCAAUUUGUUGCGUUACGUCACCGUCCGUUCAAUUCACAUGCUCACACCUCUCGCAGUCGGCACUGAUCACAACCGAGUCCCCUUUGCUUGCAGUCGUGAUCACCAUUCUUCCCUUCUCUUUACUCUCCUCUUUCACCUCUUCGUCCCCAUCUCCCUCCUCUUCCACCUCUUCCUCCUUCUUUCCAUCCUUUUCCUCCUCCACCUUCACCUUCACCUCCAGCUCCACCUCCUCUUCUCUCCCCACCUAGUCCUCUUCACCAUCCUCUCCCAUCACUUCCCCUUCUCACCUUUCUUUCACUUUUAUCCACCUCCACCC